AUGAUUGGAUAUUGUCUGAUCAGCGUGGAGAGAGGGUGCUCUGUGAUUGGAUCAGAAAUUGGCGGGAGGAAGGUUGCGUUUGGAGCUGUCGGUGGAGCAGAGCGGUGUUUCCAUCGGAACCGGCCUGACACGUAGGAAUCCCGCCGGUACUCUGCGCUCCACGGUGAAAUGGACCGUCAGGAGAACCGCGACGUCACGGAGGUUUCCGAGAAGCUGGAAACGUCUCUGUCCAUCAGGGAUGAGGAGAAUGAUGCUGAUGAUCAGAUGGAAAAGUAUCAGAGGUUGAUUUCUGAAGGUAAAGAUGUUGCCAAAGAAGGGGACAUCGAGAAGGCGCUGGAGCUCUUUAAACUGGCCUUCAGCAUCCACCAGACGCCCAAGCUGGAGAGCAGGAUAAAGAAGAUCCAGGAGCUUCUGUCCCAGAACGAGUCUGAGGAUGAGGACGACGAGUUUGUCAACGUGAACAACUGUGGCUUAAUGCUCUACAAGGAGCUGUACGACAAGCUGUACUCCUACCAGAGAGAGGGCGUGGCCUUCCUGUAUGGGCUGUACAGAGACGGCCGCAAAGGAGGGAUUUUAGCCGACGACAUGGGACUGGGUAAAACCAUCCAGGUCAUCUCCUUCCUGUCUGGCAUGUAUGACAGCGAGCUGGUCAAACACACGCUGCUCGUCAUGCCCACAUCGCUCAUCACCAACUGGAUCAAGGAGUUCUCCCGAUGGACUCCGGGAAUGAGGGUCAAGGAGUUCCACGGCGCCAGCAAAGCCGAACGGACCAGGAGUUUGGAGAAGGUUCAAAGGAGGAGCGGCGUGGUCAUCACCACGUACAACAUGCUGCUGAACAACUGGCAGCAGCUGUCCUCCUACCAGGGAAGGGAGUUCUGCUGGGACUACGUGAUCCUGGACGAAGCUCACAAGAUCAAAAACACCUCCAGCAAGACGGCCAAAAGCGCCUACGCCAUCCCGUCAAAGAACCGUGUUCUGCUCACAGGAACGCCCGUCCAGAACAACCUGCGGGAGAUGUGGGCGCUGUUUGACUUUGCUUGCCAAGGCACUCUCCUGGGGACAGGUAAGACCUUCAAGACGGAGUAUGAGAACCCCAUCACCCGAGCCAGAGAGAAGGACGCCACUCCGGGGGAGAAGGCUUUGGGCUCGCGGAUGUCCGCUAACCUUAUGACCAUCAUCAAGCCCCACUUCCUCCGGAGGACGAAGGCAGAAGUGCAGAAGAACGAGUUGUGUGAAAAGGAGACGCUGCACAGCAGUGCAGAGGACCAACCCGACCCCGCCGCGGCCAUGCCGCAGCUGAUGCGCAAAAACGACCUGAUUGUGUGGACGUACCUGAGCGCGGUCCAGGAGAACAUCUACCGGCAGUUCAUCAGCCUGGAGUGCAUCAAGGAGCUGCUGCUCACCACCAGGUCUCCUCUAGCUGAGCUCAACAUCCUGAAGAAGCUGUGCGACCACCCCCGGCUGCUCUCUGCCGACGCCAUUGCGAGGUUGGGUUCGGAGGAGGACGACGCCGCUGCUCACAGCAUCGCUGACGUGCCGGACCACAGACUGAUUUCAGAGUCUGGAAAGCUCGUCUUCCUCGUGGCGCUCCUGGAGAGGCUCAGAGAGGAAGGCCAGCGUACCCUCGUCUUCGCCCACUACAGGAAGGUGCUGGACAUCAUCGAGCGCAUCCUCAACAACCGCGGCUUCAAGGUCCUCCGGCUGGACGGGACCAUCACACAGAUCACGGAGCGGGAGCGGCUCAUCUCUCUGUUCCAGACAGAUCGGAGAUACUCCGUCUUCCUGCUCACCACGCAGGUGGGGGGUGUCGGCAUCACACUGACGGCUGCCAACAGAGUGGUCAUCUACGACCCCAGCUGGAACCCGGCCACCGACGCCCAGGCGGUGGACCGGGCCUACCGCAUCGGCCAGACCGAGAACGUAGUCAUCUACCGGCUGAUCACCUGCGGCACGGUGGAGGAGAAGAUCUACCGGCGGCAGGUCUUUAAAGACUCCCUGAUCCAGCAGAACACGGGGGACAAGAAGAACCCCUUCAGGUACUUCAGCAAGCAGGAGCUGAAGGAGCUCUUCACCCUGGAGGACACGCGCUCCUCCUCCACGCAGCUGCAGCUGCAGGCGCUGCACUCCCGCCAUCGCCAGACCGACCCGCAGCUGGAUCAGCACAUCGCCCACCUCCACGCCAUGGACAUGUUCGGCAUCUCCGACCACGACCUGAUGUUCUCUGUUGACGUCCACGGCGACGAGGCUCCCGAGGACCCCGAGGAGCACCACUACAUCGAAGGGCGGGUCCAGAAGGCUCAGGAGCUGGUUAGGGCGGAGUCUGAGGUGCAGAUGCAGAUGGCGGAGAACAUGGCGGCGAGCACAGAGCCGGCGUGGCUGAGACACCCACCCCCCCCGAACAACCUCAGAAAGCUCAGACCAGCCCCCCCGCCUCCGCAGGUGGAGGUGGUGGAUCUGGACACGUCUGCUUCAGAGGACCGUCAGAGGACGUCAGGAAGUGACCUGAGUGUAGACCCGCCCACCCAGGGUGAGUGGGAGGUCAGAGAAGACGCUGCUGGAGAAGCCAUGGACCGGUCUCUGGCCUCUCUGAGCGCUGCCUCUUUAGAGCAGGACGCCAGCGUCCUGUUCAUGGCGGCGGAUGAACCGCUCCAUUCUGACACGGGCCAAGCCCUGCCAAACGGAGGCGGUUCCAGCCUGCAGCGGAGCAGCUCUGAGGAAGAGGAGGCCAGCUCUGAGCCGGAGUCUUCUCGAGGGAACUUCCACCUGCAGCUGGAGGACAGUGGAGCAGUGGAGGACGAAGAGAUGGAGGAAGAGGAGCAGAAGCUGCUGGCGGAGCUGCAGAUGGACGGCAGCUUCAAUGUCGACCGGUCUCUGUCAGAGAGCUGGCGCCGAACAAGCGGGCGGCACCAGGACAUUUCCAUGGAGGACUCUGUGGUGGUGGUGAGGAAGAAGAGAGCUGCUGUGAUCCACUUCCAGGUUCUUGGAGCCUCCACGCCCAAGUCGGCGCCUACUGCCUCACCUCCUCGCCGCUCACGAAAGAGCAUGGGGGGAAACGCCUCAGUGGUGUCCCGCAGGUCUCUGCUCCAGUCCAUCAUCCAGGAUGUGGAGGACGAGGAGGAGGAUCUUUCUGGGCUCCAGUCUGAACAAAGAGAUGUGGACGAGCUUCAAACUGAUAUGAAUGGAGAGAGUGUAAACAUGGAGGAGGAAGAGGAGGCUGAUGGUUUCGAGGAGUCAGAGGGAGGCGCCAGUUUGAACCUGGAGAUGAAAGAAGAUCUGAGUGAAGAUGAGUCAGAGUGGAGCUCAACUGAACUCCAGAAAGAGGAGGAGCUCCCUGCUGGGCUCCAGAAGGAGGAGGAGCUGCUCCCUGCUGGGCUCCAGAAAGAGGAGGAGCUGCUCCCUGCUGGGCUCCAGAAGGAGGAGGAGCUGCUCCCUGCUGGGCUCCAGAAGGAGGAGGAGCUCCCUGCUGGGCUCCAGAAGGAGGAGGAGCUGCUCCCUGCUGGGCUCCAGAAAGAGGCGGAGCUCCCUGCUGGGCUCCAGAAAGAGGAGGAGCUCCCUGCUGGGCUCCAGAAAGAGGAGGAGCUCCCUGCUGGGCUCCAGAAGGAGGAGGAGCUCCCUGCUGGGCUCCAGAAAGAGGAGGAGCUCCCUGCUGGGCUCCAGGAAGAGGAGGAGCUCCCUGCUGGGCUCCAGAAGGAGGAGGAGCUCCCUGCUGGGCUCCAGAAGGAGGAGGAGCUGCUCCCCGCUGAAGAUGUGGAGAGCUACGAGCUCCUGGUGAUGAAGGGGAAGGAGAGCUACCAGCAGGCCAAGCUGGACGAGGCGCUGAGCUUCUUCCUCAGAGCCAUCGACAUCCGGGCCGGAGACCCCGAGGUCCAGUUCCUGACCAUCCAGCUGUACCGACAGCUGAGUCAGAGAUCCUGAAGCACUUUCAAAGUAAAGUUCUGUUUUACUCAAAGUCUUUUUACUCCUGGUUCUCUAGUUUGAUCAUUAAAACCCUGAAAUGGAUUCAACCUUCAA